AUGAAAUCCGAAACCGGCCUUGACGUUCCAUUGUACACCAAUAUACAUUUCUUGUUGGAGGACAAGAACCCUUCAAGAUUUCAUCGGCUUCACUCGGAGGAAGUAUGGUAUUUUCACGAUGGCGAGCCAUUGACUGUGCAUUGCAUAUACCCCAACGGAGAGUACAAGAAGGUGAAGCUUGGAAAGAACCCCGAUUUGGGAGAAGUGGUCCAGUUUGAGGUGCCUAGAGGAGUGAUUUUCGGUUCAUCGGUAGAGAUUGGUUGGGCGUUGGUCAGCUGCAUGGUCUCUCCCGGGUUCGACUUUAAGGAGUUUCAUCUUUUUGAACAAGCUGACCUUUUAGGUCAGUAUCCUCAACACGCGAAGAUUGUCAAGCAAUUGACGUGA